AAUUCGAACGGUUGCGCACGGUUGCGGGCAUCCGGGGCAUCCGUCGGUGAUCGUUUCCUCCCCGCUAGGUACUGGCACGAGGGAUGUUGCACGGCAUUGUUUUAUUCUUUUGGUAGGAUUUGCUGGGAUCUGCCAAGCGCUCCAGCUGGUUCUAUCGGAUUACACCUCAGUGAGGUUCGACCGUUGACCGCGUUGAUCGUCCUUGUAUAUUUUAUAAUAGGUAUAAACAUAAAUAAUAACCUAACCAUGGCACUAAACCCAUCGUACGAGGCCAUUGGGAAAGGCUUCGUACAGCAAUAUUACGCGCUCUUCGAUGACCCUAUACAAAGGCCAAAUUUAAUAAAUAUGUACAAUACGGAGUCGUCCUUCAUGACGUUUGAGGGCCUUCAAAUUCAAGGUGCUAUCAAAAUUAUGGAGAAGCUGACUAGUUUAAGUUUUCAAAAGAUUAAUCGAAUAAUAACGGCGAUCGAUUCGCAACCCAUGUUCGAUGGUGGUGUCCUGAUCAAUGUUCUGGGGAGGUUGCAGACUGAUGAGGAUCAGCCCCAUGCAUAUAUCCAGACAUUUGUCCUGAAGCCAAUCGGUACCAGCUUUUUCGUGCAACACGAUAUCUUCAGACUCGCGCUGCACGACACUGUCUAGGAACGUUCGAUACAGAUCUUCUGCAUCAAUCUACGAAUUGUGGUACAGGCUGAUGAGGAUCCGCCGCACGCCUUCUCACAGAUCUUUGUGCUGAAACCACUGGGGAAUUCAUUUUUCUGCCAGCACGAUAUCUUUCGUCUCGGCAUACACGACACUGCAUGAGAAGGAAAGCGACGGAAAGUGGUCGACUUGCUCAAAAGCGAAGCUCGAGCAAUGAUCGAGCCACGGUUACCCCCAGACACAGAGAUAAGUGAGCUUUCUCCCACUUUUUUCCUUUUUCUCUUUCGCCGAAGAGGCCUCGUGUCACCGCACUCGGAUGCCCAUCAUACCUUUCUAUCUAUAUAGAUACCAAUUUUUAUACAAAGAAUUUCUCGCUUACUACUACAUUGCAAAAUCAAGCGUGUUAACAAUAAAUGAUGCAAGUUUAGUAACCGUAUGGCGUUUCUCAAUUUCCUCGUUUGUAUUGACGUCUAGGUCGAGAGUGAAGUCUCAACAGAGAUGGUGAUCUCUAUCGUAACGAUAAGUCCACAUUAUUUGGUGCAUAGCACAAAGUGUUUCGUUCGACAGGACUGCUAAAUUUUUGUAACAUAUUUCUUAGCAUCUUAGUGCUACGUAUUUUUGUAAUUCAAGAGUUAAUGUUAAAAUACAUUGUACGUAACC